AUGACCGCCACCAAGAUCGAUGGCACGGCCAUUGCCAAGACCAUCCGCGAAAGAAUCUCCAAAGAAAUCGCCGACAAGCAAGCCCGAAACCCCCGCUACAAACCCGGCCUCGUCAUCAUCCAAGUCGGCGACCGCUCCGACAGCAGCACCUACGUCCGCAUGAAGCUCAAAGCCGCCGAGGAAGCCAACAUCGUCUGCAACCUGGAGAAAUACGCCGAGGACAUCUCCGAGAUAGAAUUGUUGGAGAAAAUUGACGCGUUCAAUAAUGAUCCUGCCGUGCAUGGGAUAUUAGUCCAGCUGCCGGUGCCGGGGCAUAUUAACGAGUAUAAUGUCACGAGUGCGGUGGCGGACACGAAGGAUGUGGAUGGGUUUGGGGGCCCGAAUAUUGGGGAGUUGGCGAAGAAGGGGGGAACGCCGUUGUUUGUGCCUUGUACGCCCAAGGGGGUUAUGGUGUUGCUUGAGGAGUCCGGGAUUGAUGUUAGAGGGAAAAACGCAGUCGUUUUGGGACGGUCGGAUAUCGUUGGGGCGCCGGUCAGUUAUCUGUUGAGGAACGCGGAUGCGACGGUCACGGUGUGUCAUAGUCGGACGCAGGGGAUGGAGGACAUCUUGCGGAGGGCGGAUAUUGUCGUUGCCGCUAUUGGGAAGGAGAGGUUUGUCAAGGGGGAUUGGUUGAAGAAAGGGGCGGUGGUUAUUGAUGUUGGGACGAAUUAUGUGCCGGAUGAUACCAAGAAGUCGGGGCAGAGACUGGUGGGGGAUGUGGAUUAUGAUGCCGCUGUUGAGGUGGCCAGCUACAUUACACCUGUGCCUGGCGGGGUUGGGCCGAUGACUGUUGCUAUGCUGCUAAGAAAUGUUGUCAAUGCUGCCGACAGCUACUUUGACCGACAAAAGUCACGACAUAUCACUCCGCUCCCACUGAAGCUCAAGAGUCCAGUACCAUCCGAUAUUGCUAUCUCGAGAGCACAACAUCCAAAGAUGAUCACAAAGGUUGCCUCUGAGGUCGGCAUAGCACCGCAUGAGCUCGAGCCGUUUGGUGCAUACAAGGCCAAGGUAUCUCUGGAUGUCCUGUCACGCCUAUCACAUCGCAGAAAUGGACGAUACAUCCUGGUCGCCGGCAUCACACCCACACCUCUUGGUGAAGGCAAGAGCACAACCACCAUCGGUCUCACACAAGCACUCGCUGGACAGCUAGGUCGCAUAGCGUUCGCCAAUGUUCGACAGCCGUCUCAAGGACCCACUUUCGGCAUCAAGGGUGGCGCUGCUGGUGGUGGCUACAGCCAAGUCAUCCCCAUGGACGAGUUUAAUCUACACUUGACUGGCGACAUCCACGCCAUCACUGCCGCUAACAACCUCCUAGCCGCAGCAAUCGACACACGCAUGUACCACGAAGCAACACAAAAGGACGGGCCCCUUUUCCGCAGGCUUGUGCCCGAGAAGAAAGGAAAGCGAACCUUCCUACCCAUCAUGUUCAAACGACUAAAGAAACUCGGCAUCGACAAGACUGAUCCGAAUGAGCUUACUGAAGAAGAAGCCAAGAAAUUCGCCCGCCUCGACAUCGACCCCGAAACCAUCACCUGGCGAAGAGUCCUUGAUGUCAACGACAGACAUCUCCGCGGCAUCACAAUCGGCCAAGCACCCACUGAGAACAAAGUGCCACCGCGUGAAACCGGGUUCGACAUCUCCGUCGCAUCGGAAUGUAUGGCUGUACUUGCACUCUCGACCGACCUCGCCGAUAUGCGUGACCGGUUGGGUAAGAUGGUCGUGGCGAGUAGUCGGGCCGGCGAUCCCGUAACAGCGGACGAUCUGGGUAUCGGUGGUGCUCUAACAGCAUUGAUGAAGGAUGCUAUCAAGCCCAAUCUCAUGCAGACGCUUGAGGGGACACCUGUAUUCGUGCAUGCCGGUCCCUUUGCGAAUAUCUCCAUCGGAAACUCCUCCAUCAUCGCCGACCGCGUGGCGCUGAAACUAGCCGGCACAGAGCAGGAUGAAGAUCAUAAUGCCAAGACGGGUUUCGUAGUCACCGAAGCCGGCUUCGACUUCACUAUGGGCGGGGAGAGAUUCAUGAAUAUCAAAUGUCGGAACUCUGGCCUCGUGCCGGACGUCGUGGUUAUAGUGGCUACGGCCCGCGCGUUGAAGGUCCACGGUGGGGGGCCCGAGAUCAAACCGGGGGAGCAGUUGGCCGAGGUGUAUCGGACGGAGAAUGUGGGGGUUUUGAGGGAGGGGUGUGUGAAUUUGGCCAAGCAUAUCCAGAACGCGCGACAGUAUGGGGUGGAGGUCGUGGUGGCGGUUAAUCGGUUCGAGACGGAUACCGAUGCCGAACUGGAGGUUAUCCGCGAGGAGGCGUUGAAGGCCGGGGCGGCGGAUGCGAUUCCUGCUAAUCAUUGGGCGGAAGGUGGUGUGGGUGCCGUGGAUCUUGCUAAAGGGGUUAUUCGGGUCGCGGAACAGAGUCAGCCGGAACGGUUCAAACUGCUCUACGGCCUCGAGGAUUCCGUCCAGGAACGCAUCGAAGCCAUCGCGAAGAGGAUGUACGGCGCGGCCGCCGUCGACUUCUCGGAAACGGCCCGGAAGAAAGUCGAAAUGUACACCAAACAGGGCCUGGGGAAUUUGCCCAUCUGUAUCGCCAAGACGCAGUAUUCCCUCUCGCACGACCCGGCGCUGAAGGGUGCGCCGGAGGGGUUUACGGUUCCUAUUCGGGAUGUGAGGAUGGCGGCUGGGGCUGGGUAUCUUUUUGCGCUUGCGGCGGAUGUUCAGACUAUUCCGGGGUUGCCGACUGCGCCGGGGUAUUUGAAUGUGGAGGUUGAUUGCGAGACGGGGGAGGUUGAUGGGUUGUUUUAG